GUUUAUCAGUUCAGUCUCACAGACCUAUGUAGUUGUUCUAAACGGAUGGACCUAUAGUGAUAAGCCAUUAUGGGUGAAUUCUGGAAAAUUGUUAGUGCGUUUUGUGUCUGCUGGUACAGUGUGAACGCCGCUCACGUUGCUGAGAAAUCUGGUGCUUGUUUCCCCCCAGGGUUUGCCUUUGGCGUCGCCACAGCUUCCUACCAGGUGGAAGGGGCUUGGAAUGUAUCAGGUAAAGGGGAAAACAUCUGGGACCGCUACACCCACGAGCACCCAGAAAGGGUAUUCGACCACCAAAAUGGCGACGUGGCAGCCGACUCCUACCACCAGUGGAAGGAAGACGUGGGCCUUUUGAAGCAGCUAGGAGUCAACUUCUACAGGUUCUCUAUAUCCUGGUCGAGGAUACUGCCCACUGGGUUCAGCAAUGAGAUAAACGAGGAAGGAGUUAAGUACUACCAGGACCUGAUCACGGAAUUGAAGCGGAACCAUAUAGCGCCAGUCGUGACCAUGUACCAUUGGGACCUGCCCCAGCCGUUACAGGACCUGGGGGGCUGGACCAACCCCAUGAUGGCUGACUACUUCCUGGAUUACGCUACAGUAUUAUUUGACAAUUUCGACGGGCCUGUCAAGAUGUGGAUUACGUUCAAUGAGCCUCUAUCUUUUUGUCACGACGGUUAUGGGGGUGAUGAUGCGCCGGGGGGCAGGUCUAGUGGGUUUGAGGCCUACCUGUGCGGUCAUAACGUGUUAAGGGCUCACGGGAAGGUAUACACCUUGUAUCGAGCUAGAAAGAAUGGUACCAGCAAAGGUCUCAUUGGAAUCACACUGGACAUGUCAUGGAUCGAACCUGAGACCACUUCUAAGGAAGAUAAGCAGGCGGCUGAAACUGCAAGACAAUUUAUGUUCGGCUGGUUUGCGCACCCCAUAUUUUCGGCAGAGGGCGACUACCCUCCCAUCAUGAGGAAACGGAUUGAUGCCAAAUCCAGGCAUCAGAAUUUCGCCCGCUCCCGCCUCCCGCACCUCACCCCCGAUGAGAUCCGAAACAUCAGGGGUUCCUUCGACUUCCUUGGGCUGAACCAUUACACCACGUACUUGGGGAGCCCUGCAGACAAUCCUGACAGUGGGGAACCAUCGUUCGCAGACGACAUGGGCGUUAGAAUUACCCAGAAACCAGACUGGCCUAGGUCUAAUUCCACUUGGCUGAGGGUGGUGCCCUGGGGUUUCAGAAGGAUCCUGAACUGGAUCAAAAAAACCUAUAACAACCCCCAAAUAGUUGUCACUGAGAACGGGAUCUCUUUAGGGCCAGGAGUCCACGACCCGAAGAGAGUUAACUACAUAGAAAGCUACCUUAGAGCAUUGCUUGACGCCAUCUUGAAAGACAAAUGCAGAGUAUUCGGAUACACGUAUUGGAGUCUCAUUGAUAAUUUUGAGUGGAUGAGAGGAUAUUCGGAAAGAUUCGGCCUUUACGAAGUGGACUACGAAUCGCCGAACCGCACGAGAACGGCGCGUCUCUCGGCGUCGUACUACAGUCAAAUUGCCAACACACGUUGCCUGCCUGACAACUACGUGGGCUAUACAAUAACCGAUUAAAUUAUAAGACUAUAAAUUAUAA